GCAACUGAGAGUCAAGGUGUUGCUACCGUCGUUCUUGUUGUUGUUAUUUUUGUUGGCAAUCAAGGUCCCGGCGCUGUCAUCAUGGAGGGGCCAGAGGUGACAUUUCUAUUCCAAUUUGGCAGUGUGCGCGAUGCAGUGUCGGUAGCUGCCAAUGUUUUAACAUUGAAAAAGCUCAAGGAUUUGGCAUGUGAAUUCAUCAACACGAAGAUACCCGACAGCGGCCUGACAUACCUAUCCGAACGUAUUUUGCUAUUUCGUCACGAUUACAACAGUCCCAAUGUUCUGCACAUCAUCAAUUCAGCAACGGAUAUUGCCGAUGAAACUUUAGUGGAAAUUGUUCUCGUUGCCAGUCCAAUUUUAUAUCCAGCCUCCGAAAUGCCAACCCUUAAACCACACAAUCUAAAUGUCCAUUCGUAUAAGGCGCCAACAUUCUGUGAUUUUUGUGGUGAAAUGUUAUUUGGUUUAGUGCGUCAAGGACUGAAAUGCGAUGGUUGUGGUCAAAAUUAUCAUAAACGUUGUGUGGUUAAAAUACCCAAUAACUGUAAUCGUUCGAAUAAUAACAGUAGCAACAGUUCAAAACGUUCCUCACUGCUACAGCCGCCCAGAAGUCCAUCGGGUGGUUCAACACAAUCACUUAUAUCGAAUGAUGAACAACACCACCACCACCAACAGCAGCAGCAUCACCAACAGCAACAACAACAUGGUGUGAAUCAUGAAUCUGGAAGUUCUCUGAGUGUGCCAACUUUUCACCGAAGUCAUCACCGUUCUUCCUCAGCGGGUAGCCGAAAUGGCCAACAAACAUCUUCGUCCACGGGUCAGUUGAAUAAUGUCGUCGGUAUAUGCGCUACCAGUUUAGCCUAUCAAAAUAUCCGAAUACCACACACUUUUAUGGUGCAUACCUAUGGUAUACCCACGGUCUGUCAAUAUUGUAAGAAACUCCUCAAGGGCCUGUUCAAACAGGGUCUCCAAUGCCGCGAUUGCCAAUAUAAUACCCAUAAGAAAUGUAUGGAUAAAGUACCACAAGACUGUACCGGCGAAAGACAGCUGCAACCGAAUGAUUUUAAUGAAACCUUUACCCCGACACAUGGCACUGGACACAAGGAUCGUGAUAACUUCUUUCGCGAAGAAUUCGACGAUAGUGAUUUCGAUGAGCAAACCUCAAAUGAUCACAUGCGUAGUGGAAUGGCCCACAAAAUGGGUGGACGACCCGGUUCGAUGGGUGUGCGCACCACAACAAAUGCUCAGAAUUCACCACCAGAAUUGGUCAAUGGGUUGAAGAGCAGCGAUAGUGAACACUCGACGUAUCACAAUGAAAAUCGUAGUGCCGGUGAAGGACAAUCUAUCGAUGGACAAUCGGAACAAUCAAGUUCAUCAUCAUCGCCAAGUGCCAAUAUUCCGCUUAUGCGUAUUGUACAAUCAGUGAAACACACCAAGAAACGUGGCGGCCAAGCUCUCAAGGAAGGUUGGCUGGUGCAUUACACCAGUUUGGAUUCAACAGUUAAACGUUAUUUCUGGCGUUUGGAUUCGAAGACCAUAACUCUGUUCAUUUCCGAGCAAGGCAGUAAAUAUCACAAAGAGAUCCCGCUGGCUGAGAUUCAGGCCAUUGAAACGAAUAAUGAUGUUCGAGUGGAUAAUAACUAUUGUUUCGAAUUGAAAACACCCAAUGUUAACUAUUAUGUGGGUCAAGAUCCAUUGGCGGGUGUGCGGGAGGAACAGGCUGUCCGCUUACCACCACCGGAGAGUGGUAUUGGUACAGAUAUUGCCAAAAGUUGGGAGACCACAAUUAAACAGGCCUAUAUGCAUGUUACCAAUACACAAUGUUGUGAAUCUGAGGAAAAUGUCCAGGACAUGGGUCAAUUGUAUCAAAUCUUUCCCGACGAGGUAUUGGGUUCCGGCCAAUUCGGUGUUGUCUACGGCGGUGUCCACAAGAAAACGAAGCGAGAAGUUGCCAUUAAAGUUAUCGAUAAACUGCGGUUCCCAACGAAACAGGAGGCUCAGCUUAAGAAUGAAGUUGCCAUAUUGCAGAACAUUUCCCACUGUGGUGUUGUGAACCUCGAACGUAUGUUCGAAACUCCCGAACGUAUUUUUGUUGUAAUGGAAAAACUCAAGGGUGAUAUGUUGGAGAUGAUCCUGUCCCACGAACGUGGACGACUUAGUGAACGUGUCACGAAAUUUUUAAUAACACAAAUUUUAAUUGCCCUCAAACAUUUGCACAGUCAAAAUGUCGUACAUUGUGAUUUGAAACCUGAAAAUGUUCUACUGUCAUCCGAUGCAGAGUUUCCGCAGGUGAAGUUAUGUGAUUUUGGGUAUGCACGUAUUAUUGGUGAGAAAUCAUUUCGUAGAUCUGUUGUUGGUACACCGGCAUAUUUGGCUCCUGAGGUAUUACGCAAUAAGGGCUACAAUCGUUCCCUGGAUAUGUGGAGUGUGGGUGUUAUCAUCUAUGUGAGUUUGAGUGGCACCUUCCCCUUUAACGAAGAAGAAGAUAUUAAUGAUCAGAUACAAAAUGCGGCAUUUAUGUAUCCUCCUAAUCCGUGGAAGGAAAUCUCCUCGAAUGCUAUUGAUUUGAUCAAUAAUUUGCUGCAAGUGAAACAACGAAAACGUUAUACAGUGGAUAAAAGUUUGCAACACUAUUGGCUGCAGGAUAAACAAACCUAUCAUGAUCUGCGCAAUUUGGAGCGGCAAGUCGGCACGAGAUAUCUAACCCAUGAAGCUGAUGAUUUACGCUGGGCCAGCAGCACGGGUGAUAUGUGACCUGUUAAUGGUCACACAGCAUGUCCCACAUUCCAAAUUAAUGAUAAAAUUCCCGAAUCACCUGAACCGAAACAGCAG